AUGACUUCUCAAACGCUCUANGGCCCCUAUACACCCGCAAUCCUCAAGUUCACCCUGCUCCUUGCCGCCGACAAGCUUCCCACCAUCACCUUCUCGACCGACAUUUUCCACCCCUUGGUUACCCCUCUGACAACAUACACCUACACCACGAGCGACACAGGCGCUGAUACCGUUCAUGCCACCGAUGACGAGCGUCUCCCUCCCGGUGGCUUCAGCUUGCGGCACGGCUUUCCUCAGUGGUUUGGACGCAACAAGCCGAAGCCUACGUCUCAGGUUGGCUCAAGCGAAGAGAUAGCAUCGACGUCAGAGCGCUCGCAGUCGUCGUACGGUCCUCUCGCCAUUGUGCAGAUCUUGUUCUACAUGCGCAGUACCUUCGACACAGCUGAGGUGCUCGACAAAGUGCCGCUCGAAGCGGCAGGUAACCCAGGUGCAUGGCAUGCAUGGCAAUCUCAUAGAGCGCGAGUCAUUGGAGCUACACCNCCCUCUGCGACACCAGAGGAUGGAAAGAGCCCCGCAUCCCCCACCUUACGUCAACAGCCAGGUGGUGCUCGAAGACCCGGCCAAUGGAACUGGGAGGGUGUCUGGGAAGAGAGAGUCAAGAAAGGUGUUCAAGCGAGUGUAUCACAGCACACCCUAUUCGGUGGACCGGGCUCCAAUGACGAUCUAGUAGGCUAUGCCCUUGUCGAAUGCUCUGAAGUACAGCUAGCUAAUGUCUGUGUCUCANNGAUAAACUUCCUGAAUAUCGAUAUAGACGCGACUGAUGUUCCUUGGAGCAAAGACAAUGAAGCCAGUGACAGUCUGGCUGCUUGA